UAUCAGAUAGCUUAGAUAUUAAAUGUAGUCAUAAUGGUAAGUAUGCUAAUUGUUCAAAUUUAUCGAUACUUGAUACAAUAGCAACACUAUCAUGCAAGCCAACAUUUACUGCACCAAAUGGACAAGAGAUUUCACUUGAAUUAUUUUGUCAGUCUAAUGGGCUGUGGAAUAAACAACUAUAUAGAUGCAAUCCAUAUUGCGGUAGAGUAUAUGUCGAAAACCAAGUAUUGAUCGACAAUGGUGAUAGAGCACUUGUUGGAACGGCUCCUUGGAAUGUUGGAAUAUAUCAGUUAAAUAAAAUAAAUUAUAAUUAUGACAUGAUAUGUGGAGGAUCAAUUAUUUCUCCAAAUUUAGUCAUUUCUGCGGCUCAUUGUUUUUGGCAAAAAGCUGUGUUAUCUAAGAAUAUAUCAGUAACGGAUGGUCUAUACAAAAUUGCUGUUGGAAAAUAUGAUAGAAAUAUUACAAUAAUUGACAAUGAAUUUACUCAAAUAAUAAAUGUGGAAAUGAUUCACCUGAAAGAAGGUUAUUAUGGACGUACUGGGUUUCAUGCUGAAGAUAUAGCUAUUAUAGUGUUACAAAACAAAGUUUCUUUUAGUAAUGGUGUUUCACCUGUUUGUAUCGAUUGGAACGGUAAAUACAAUGUAGUCAAUGGAAAUCAAGGAAAGGUUUGUUUGUAAUAUUAUUUUAAAAAUUAAAAUC